CGAGACGUAAAGAGGAGCGACUGAGGCCAAAAGCGAGAUGCCAGUAGCCGUGGGUCCCUACGGACAGUCCCAGCCCACCUGCUUCGACCGAGUGAAGAUGGGUUUCGUGAUGGGCUGCGCCGUGGGCAUGGCGGCCGGGGUGCUGUUCGGCACCUUCUCGUACCUCAGGAUCGGUAUGCGGGGCCGGGAGCUGAUGGGCGGAAUUGGCAAAACCAUGAUGCAGAGCGGGGGUACCUUCGGAACGUUUAUGGCUAUCGGAAUGGGCAUCCGCUGCUGACCGCGGCGGCUCCACCUCUCCCAACACCCCCUCACACCUCCUUGUGUAAUAUAAUAAAAGGCUUUGAGUA